AAGGCAUCAGGUAUGCGUUCUUUCCUCGGAACCGAUGAAACAAGAAUGGGAAGCAAAAACGUCGAGAGCAAUCCAUUUUCUGUUUCGCUUUGGGCUUGACACACAAGAUCCAGACGCUUUUCUCUUCUCCCACCAAGCAGUCAUCGUACUAACCCCGACCCAUCACUACUAAGCUCUUCAUUAUCCUGCAAUACCUACAACGCUAUUAAGCCUUGUCUCGUCUACUGAAUGAUCCAUUCGACUACUCGGAAUCUGUUCAAGUCCUUCAAUAACACUAUAACAUCGCUUGUUUAGUUUACGACCUUGUUGAGGAGAACACCAACCAUGGAAGCCAUCUAUUCCACGCAGAAUAAGCUCAAGAAAGACCUCCCUUUGACCAAGGUUAGGGCGGUGUUGAAUCAAAAUUACCAGCGCCACGGCACCAAAUCCUACGUCCAUCUUCUACGCAAAUACAAAUUCGAACCUACGAGAGGUGGCCCCUAUUUCAUCUCAAGCCGCCCUAAGCAAAGGGGCCGUGUUCCAACCACGUUGAGGGCUAUCCUGGGUGGCCGCGUCAGCCAAGAGAGAGUCCUCCUCAAGUACUCGGGCCCUGAAUCCCAGCAUGACGAAGUCACCGCAGAAGACACACAGAACGACACGAUGUAUCUGUGUAAAGUUUCAGUCGGUACACCUCCUCAGAACUUCAUGCUGGACUUCGAUACUGGCUCAGCCGAUACGUGGAUAUUCUCGAAAGAGCUUAGUUCAUCUGAAGAAGAAGGCCACAAUGUCUUCGAUCCCAAAAAGUCAAGCACAUACGUUCCACUGCCCAACAAGACUUGGAAGAUUGAGUACGGCGACGAAUCGUAUGCCUCGGGCAGCUGCGGCACCGAUACACUCACUGUCGGCGGCCUGGCAGUAAAGAAGCAGACGGUAGAGAUGGCCGACAAGCUCUCGGAGGAAUUCGUAAGCAAUGCAGGAGACGGUCUCUUCGGGCUCGCCUUCAGCAAGUUGAACACAGUGAAAGACGGUAGCAUGGCCGAUCCACAAGCAACCCCUGUGGAGAAUAUGGUGAAACAGGACGACAUACCCAAGGAAGCGGCCCUCUUCACCUCGGCGUUCUACUGCUCGCGCGACGCCGCCACCUCGAAGUCAUUCUACACCUUCGGCUUCAUCGACCAGGACCUAGUCAAGAAAUCCGGCGAGGAAAUCCAUUGGGUGCCAGUCGACAAGUCGGACGGGUUCUGGGCGAUCCCGUCAGCAUCAGCCUCGGUGAACGGCGAGUCGAUCCCCAUGGACUCCAACAUGGCCAUCGCCGACACGGGCACGACGCUCUUGCUACUCCCCGACGACGUGAUCGACCUCUUGUACACGCAUAUCCCCGGCGCCGCGUACGACUGGUUCAACCAGGGCUAUUGCUUCCCGAUCGACGUCGCGGUCGACGACCUCCCCGAGUUCAAGGUCGCCAUCGGCGACAAGGAGUUCCUGAUACAGAAGGAAGACCUCGCGUUCGCGCCCACCGCCGACGGCCAGAGCUGGUACGGCGGCGUCCAGAGCCGCGGCACUCUCCCCUUCAACAUCUACGGCGAUACCUUUUUGAAGAGCGUCUACGCCAUCUGGGAUCAAGGAAAUACUCGCUUUGGCGUCGUCCCCAAGCUCGAGGAGAAACAACAUCUGACGCCGCCGCCCAAAGCGACCGGGAAUGGCGAGGCCAAGACGAAAGUCACGAGCGUCGCCAUGGCGGCCGCUGAUAGCAUUGACCCUGUCAGCGUUCCCCUUUAGAUGGUGGAGCCUCGUCGUUUUGCUUGAUGCGGCAUAUGCCGUCCUCUCUUGUUUCAGUCUAUAGUUUUUUUUUUUUUUUUUUGUUGUUUUUUGUUGUUGCUGUGCUGCGUUUGCUUGUCUCGAUCAAAUACGAAAUUCGAGAGCUGAAAUUGUAAUCAGAAAUACGAUGAGGUAAACUGGAAAAUAUCGAUAUCGGCUAUGGCGGACUACGAGUGUAAAAUUCCUAGUUUACUCGGGAAUUGGGUUGUUAGAUUAAAUUAUAGCUAGUCUACUUUCCUGCGACGAUGCUCGCCUCCAACCUCUUUCUUGGGAACAAUUAAUACAUCCAAUUUCAUGCUAUUAGUCUAUUAUGAUGCUUGACGGGAAGGUUAUCACCCUUAGAAUAAUCCCUCA